AUGGAUCCAACUCUUUCCUUGUCCAACUGGGUAAAUGGAAAUAACAUUUGCAACUGGACUGGAAUAACUUGUGAUCGCAGUCAAAGGGUUGUGAGUGUGGUUCUCAAAUACAGGGCAUUGGCUGGUACCUUACCCCCUCACAUAGGAAACAUUCCACCAGAGUUGAGUUCCUUGCAUAGCUUGAAGAAACUUGACAUCUCUUUCAAUAAAUUGAGUGGCAUCAUCGCUCGAGGCUUGGCAAAUUGCACUGCGCUUAAAAGACUAGAUCUUGGCAAUAAUCUUUUAACAGGCACUAUCCCCAGCUCGAUGAGUAACUGCACAAAAUUCCGUGUCUUAUCUCUGUCCUCGAAUGCGCUUGAAGCACCAAUUCCAUCAGAGAUAUUCACAACACCCACCAGGUUACCAUAUUUGUAUCUGGGUUCCUGCAACAAGCUCAACGGUAGCAUCUCCAUGGAGAUUGGCAAAUUAUGGAGGCUGAGAGUGAUUGAAUUUUCUAACUGUAGUCUUACAGGUAGCAUUCCCAUGGCCCUGGCGAACUGUUCGUCUCUGGAGAAGCUGGAUUUAGCUUCCAAUUCCUUGUAUGGCACGGUCCCAGCAGAAUUGUCUUCACUUACCCGACUCCGGGAACUGUGGUUCGGUAAUAAUAGCCUUGGAGGAUCAAUUUAUUUUCUCAUGAACUAUACUGAAUUGGAGAUAUUGGAGCUAGGGGCCAACAAGUUUGAAGGUACAAUUCCAGAGGUGCUUGUACUGACAGACAACGGGUUCGUGGGCUCCAUUCCUUCAGAUAUUGGCCUGAAGCUCCCCAACUUACAAAUUCUUGACGCGGGAAUGAAACAAUUUCGUGGGGGUAUCCCAAAGUCUCUAGGAAAUUGUUCUCGGCUCAGGGAACUUGUUCUCGCAGCGAAUCAGCUAAGUGGUGUGGUGCCUCAAGAAUUGGGGAUGCUUACUGCUCUGUAG